GGAGAUUUUUAGCAAAACUUCUCUUGAGUUUCUAACAAGAAACUGUCGAUUUGUGUCGUAAAGAACUCUCAAGAUAAUUGAACCGGUGUGCCCAAUCCUAACGGCUUUAUUGCUGGAAAAGGAACCAAUAACAAACCUGGCUAAUCCUUUACAACGUCAGGAAUGUUUUGGAAGUGCCACUGAGUAUCUUGCAGAAACAUCGAGCCCAAACAAACAUCGCUCAAACCAACCGGUCGUGUCGAAAACAUCAAAAACUAUGAUUCCACCUACUUAUUUUGCCGCUCAACUCCAAGCAGCUCAACGCCGAGCUCGUGAAGGUGUCCAAGCUGUACCAAGUAUGGAAUCUGAUGGUACUGUCGCUCAACAACAAGACAGUUUAUUUUCUGAAUGUGUCCUUGAUUUGUCAAGAUAUCUUACUUCAAAUGAUCUACCAGCCACCCCACGUGAAUUUUUUGAUGAUUUGUUUCAUGAAAAAGUAGCAAACGGAGAUGCGCUACAAAAGCCAUUGCCUGGUGUGGUAAAGAUUAAAGAAGAACCUGAUUCGACGGCCACCUCAAGAUGCUCAACGCCUGAAAGUUUACUUCCAGAACAUGAUUUUGAUAAUGGUGAUUUCCCUACCCCAAAAUUUCAAAGCUUGGAUUCAAAUGCUAACCAAGAUAAAGGGGAAAGUUUGAUGUGCCAGCUGCAGUCAAUUAACAAUAGCAACCAGUCAUCAGAUGUUGAUUCUGAUUCUGAGAUGAGUGCACAAGAUCUCGAUCUUAAUGCUAAAAAGCUGAAAGCUGCCCUGGCACAACUUGAGCAAUCUUCCCAGGAUAAUGAAAGUAGUCCUGGGCGGAGUGGAAAUGUGAGUCCUACUCACAAAAAUACUUUAAAGUCACCUCGACAAAGUAAGUCGAGAAAAAAUCUUGAAAAAGGCAGCGAGGAGUAUAUUGUGAAACGCGAAAGAAAUAAUGUCGCUGUUAGAAAAAGUCGAACCAAAGCUAAACUGAAGCACAUUGAAACUCAAAUGCGCGUUGGUGAGUUAACUGAAGAAAAUGACCAGCUUCGCAAUCGAAUUGCUACAUUGCAGAAAGAAUUGAAUGCACUGAAAAGUUUCAUCACUUAUAACUGCCCAAGCAGUAUCAAGCCGCCAGGUUUCACAUCAUACCCUCCACCAAUAUUUUCAAGUACAAAGAUUAUGUAAAUAAUUUUAGGACGUUCCUGUGAAUGCGGAAAUUAAUGAAUUAGUGAUAAUAGAUCUACUUUUUUACAGUUUUAUUUACGGGGGAUUGUUAAUAUUUUAACGUGGACAGACUUAUGUAAAGAAUUGUGUCGUUUGUUUUUGGAAGAGUAUUGAAAAGUUUUAUUAGGAUUGAAAGUUUAUGAAGGAAAAGAAGUUUUUUGAAGGAUAUUUUUUGAGUUGUACAUGAAUGAAUGAGUUACGUAAAACAAUGAAUGAAAAAAUAUACACUUUUAGUUA